AUUUGAUCUAGAAAUGGUCUAGGUCAAUAUUUUUUGCAAUAAAAAAAAAAAAAGCGGCGGCAUAAAGAAAAAAAUAAAGAAUAAUUUCACAACCACAAAUAUAAGUGUAUAACUCUCUUCUCCUUGAUUACUUCAUGAUGGUCAACCUAUCAGAUUUAAACAAAUUCAUGGGAUCAUUCACAAUGAAACCAAUUAGUCCAAGUAAUUCUAUUUAUUCAUUCAUUUCAUCUCUAACUAUUUUCAAUGAUUUAGAUUAUAAACCAUAUAAAUCAAAAUAUGAUAAUGAUAAAGAUUAUAUUGAAGAGAAAGAUGAUCCUCCAACUCUUAAGAAUGUACCUCUUGAAUUACAAAUGAUAGAUCCAAAUCAUCAUCAUCCCUCACAAGAGAAACAAGUUCAAGUUACCAAUUAUUAUCAUAUUAAACCUGAUGCUUUAUUUUUACCAGUUUAUAAAGGGUAUGAAAUUCGAUGUUUUUCAGAAUUAGGGUAUAAGAUCCAAACUAAUUUAAAGAUGAUUGAGGAUAUUCAUAUUAAGGAUAAUGAAUUUAGUAUUAAAGAUGGGUAUAGAUAUAGAAGAGAUUAUUGUGAUAUUAGAUCAUUUUUUAUUCAUUCAUUUGAUACCCCAAAUCAUAAACCACGAUUUUGUUUAAGAAUAUAUCAAAAGAUUGAUUUACCAUUACGAUUUUAUAUUAUAUUCUUAAGAUCGAUUCGAUUUGAUUGUCCUAAAUCUAAUCAAAGUAAUAAUAAUAAUAAUGAAUAUAAAUUUCAAUAUAAUUCAAUGAUACAACCAAGUUUGAUGGAUGCUAUUAAAUUCUUACAAUUCCAAUUACCUUAUUUUGUUCUGAUUAUAUUAUAUUAUACUAAAUUCACUAAUUAUGAAAUUUCAUAUUCAUUAGUAUAA